AGGUGCAGCGAGAAGAGACAAGAAAAACAACAUAAAACCCUCAAGACUCUAAAUUGAUUAUUUGUUUAUCAAAAUCUUCAUACUUCUUCCCUUAUUCUUCUCUCUCAAUCUCAAACACGUGGUCAUGGCUUUGCAACUGUGGGAGACUCUCAAGGACACCAUCGUCGCCUACACUGGCCUCUCUCCUGCUACCUUCUUCACGCUCCUAGCGCUUUUUUACGCCCUUUACUACGUCGUUUCGGGUCUGUUUGGCUCUUCCUCCGACCACCACCACCUCCGCAUGGAGGACAACAUGCCGCCACUGCGUCCACCGGUUCAGCUCGGUGAGAUCACCACCGAGGAGCUCAGGGCCUACGACGGCUCCGAUAUCCAGAAGCCCUUGCUCAUGGCUAUCAAGGGUCAGAUCUAUGAUGUCUCCCAGAGCAGAAUGUUUUAUGGACCCGGUGGACCUUAUGCCCUUUUUGCUGGCAAGGAUGCAAGCAGAGCUUUAGCAAAGAUGUCUUUUGAAGAUAAAGAUCUGACGGGGGAUAUUUCUGGUCUUGGCCCAUUUGAACUUGAAGCUUUACAGGACUGGGAAUAUAAGUUUAUGAGCAAGUAUGUAAAGGUUGGAACUGUCAAAAGUACUGUUCCAGUGACUGAAGCAGAAUCCACCGGUGAACCAUCAGAAUCUACUUCCCGUGAUGUUGAUGCCGUCAAGUCUACUGAAGAUGGCUCAUCAGAAACUACAGCUGUUAAAAGUGAUGAAACCCCUUCCAAUGUUGAUGCAGAUAAAGAAUAAUGGCUGGGUUGCCUCACAAAUACCCUUGCAAAAAAUGAUGGAGCAGAAGAAAAAAAA